AAUAAUGAAACCGCCAAAAUGUACUUCCAAGAGACUACAAAAGGAACCGAAACCAUCCGCAGGGCUCAUGCAAUGAUUGUAGGGUGUGCAGGAGCGGGUAAGACUACCCUGUUGAGGCGACUGAUGUCUAAGGAUUCAUCAAUGGAAGAACUACUCAACACCACUUCUACAGUUGGAUUAGAAAUCCAUCCAGAUUUAUUUGAAAUUAAUCCUCAGUCAUUUUCCCUUAAAGUUUGUUCCAAAGAUUCUAUCAAAGAAAAGAAACUUCUGUUAAAUGUUUUGGAUUUUGGGGGACAGUGUGCAUAUUACGCUUGCCAUCAAGUAUAUCUCCAACAGAGAGCUUUUUUUCUACAAGUAGUGGACAUCUCCAAACCGCUUGAAGAGAAAGUAGACCCUUUUCUUUGCAACCAAGAUGGCACAAUGUUCGAUAAUUAUACUUAUGGAGAUUAUUUUCUUUUCUGGCUGAAAUGGAUCCACACGUACUGUGAUAGCGACACGCCUGUUAUCAUAGUAGCAACUCAUCUUGACGUAGUUCCAGAACCACAGAAAAUGAAAUCGUCUUUCUUUCAAAGAAUCCUUGAUCUUUUACCAUCUGGUUCAAACUUGGGGCGUCAUUUAUCAAACGAAAGAUGUUUCUUUACUGGAUAUCCGUUUAAUUUUUGUCCACAAUUAGAUCCUUUGGCAAAAUUAGAAAAAUGCAUCUGUUCUAUGGCUUUAAGCGAAAAAUGGAUAGUGAAUAUUCCAACCGAGUGGGUUUGGUAUGGAGACAGUAUUUGUUGUCUGUUGAAUCAGCGAGUGAAAAUUGUUAAAAGGGGUGGAUUAUAUCAUCAGAAGGUAUUUGCUGAGUCCGAAGACCUUAUGAAAUUUUACAACGAUAUCGGAGUCAUUGGUUACUUUAACGAAAGAUUACUUCGAGAUAUUGUUAUCGUCGAUGUCAAGUGGUUUGUUGACGCCUUUAAAUAUGUAAUCACAGACCAGAAUCACUUUUAUUGGGUAAAGUUGAAAGACAACCACGACUGGAUGUAUUUUAAUCAAACGGGCUACCUAAAAGAUAGUCUUCUAAAUGAAAUUUGGGAACAAAGAUUUUCAGUAUAUGUGAAUAAAGAGGAUAUACUACUGUACGCGGAACGGCUUGGUUUACUGGCACGAGGAAAAAGCUAUUAUUGUCUUAGGUCCCGAGUACAUUACGUCCCUUCUAUGAAUAAACGCAGCUUUGACUCAAAGGGAAAACAUCUUUUCAAAACAGUGCAGAAUAGAACAACCGUGAUAGUGUACCAAUUCCAGUUUUUUCCAUAUUUCUAUUAUUUCCGAUUGAUUGUUGCAAUGAUGUCAGAUCAAAUGCCUUUCAAUUUACUUGAUGGCUCAGGGGAAUACCUGUAUAAGAACUUAGCUUGUUUUCUUCAUAAGGAUCACAUAGUAGUGGUGGCAGUCACAAAGACCUCUAUACAGCUUCAGGUUCUUCACAGAAAAAAUGAGAUGCAACGGUGCACUGUUAUUGAAAUUAGGAAUUUGAUAGAAAACAGAUUGAAAGAAAUCACAGAAACAUUUCAGAGACCCUGUCGAUUCACAAUUGGUUAUCAGUGCUCUUAUCAAGAGGUAUACAGUCAUCUGCCGGAUUGCUUUGUUCUCGAGCAGGAUAUUCUAGGAAAAGUUACAAUGUCAUGCCCAUCACACUUAACACAAAAUAUUCACCAAAUCAGAGAAGAUGAUAUUGUACAUUUUUGGAAAGAAAUAUGA